AUGUCCGAUGACGAAUUCGACAACAUUCCGGAUGAUUUUGCUGGUGUCGAAGGCGUUGAUUGGGAUCAAAUCCUAGCUGCACCAUCCCGAGUUUCACCGACAAUCGAUGUUCUGGAACACACCCCUUCUCAGCCUCGGAGCACGGAAUCCCUCGAACUUGAAGAAAUGGAUGAUGUAUUUCUGGCUGAGCUGGAUGCUGUUGAGCAGAGAGUUUAUCAGGAAAUGCAAGCAGGGUCGUCUAGGUCGCAAACCCAUGGCCCAAGUAUGCACACUCGCACAAUUGUGGUUGCACAGGCUGUUACCAGUACGCCUUUUCUGCUGUUGAAUCGUAUCCCAAAGGCAGCUGACUAUCAGAUCAGGCAACUGUACCACAAGUGA